AAGCAGUGGUUUGAAGAGGAUACUGUGUUAUGUGUGUCUCCUCAAGGAUGUAACAAGCAGUGGUUUGAAGAGGUUACUAUGUUACGUGUGUCUAAGCUAGGAUAUAACAGUGGUUUGAAGAGGCUACUAUGUUACAUGUAUCUACGCUAGGAUGUAACCAGCAGCAGUUUGAGGAGACUGACUAGUGUGAGAACACACAGGCAGCUGUCAUGCCUCAGAUUGCCAAAAAAGCGCUCAAACUUACCACGGAAAUCGACAUACAUGCGGUGUCGUGUCCUGGUGUGUGGCUACCGGGACGGGGGCGGUGUUCCCUCUCUGUGUGUCUGCUAGGCUUCCACACUCGCACCAACAAGCUGCCUCCAGUCUUCCCGCUCCUCUACCACGAGAAAUUCAAGUUUGAGAGGACGUUCGUAGGGGUACGCAACCUAAGUGUAUUGGAGCGGGUGCUGGCGGCAGAGACGGUAUAUCUGGAACUGGUGCAGGAGGAGGCUUCCGGGGAGGCGGUACUGGCGGUGUUCGAGUCCUCCGUCAGGGACCUUCUCUUCCCUAGACCCGCAGAGAGGCUCUCCUAUUCCGGUGUCGACCUCGAUCUCCUUAUGGAACCCACCAGGGACUUUCCGGGCAUCAUCUCGCCCAAGAUCGAGGUGUCCACACGGACGAGUGUGAGUGAGACUAGGACACCGCUCCACCAGUGCAGUCAGGACAACGUUAGCUUCGGCCACGCUCACAACAAGACUACCAAGAGUGUAUAUUUUGGUAUGCUACUGAGGAAGCUAGAGGCAAUGUAUGAAGCAAUCAUCGUUACAGAGGACAGCGGUCGUGGAGUUCGGGAGGAGGCCAGCAAACCUCGCUUCGUGUACCGAAGGCCAGACGAUGACCUACUCUCUCGCAUACCCUCCUCUCCCACCCGUAACACCAGGUACCUUGGCAUCCCGAGUCGCUACCUGUCACGGAGUACAGGUAACCUGAGUGACCUGCCUCGCACCUCCAUUCCCAGUAGGUACGGGAGGCAGCAGAGCAGUGCUGCAGGCGGCGCUGCAGGCAGGACUUCUAGCGAGACUGAGGGCUAUGGAGGAGGAGGUGGCUACACUCAUCCUAGACGUCGACCCAAGGAUGACCUCGCUCACCGAGCCCAUGUCACACUCCUGGACCCCGAGCGGUGUCCCCACUGUGAGGGUGAGCACGGUGCUGAGUCUUGCACCACCUGCCGUACCUACCACCGCUACUUCCCCCGCCCACCACGCCUACACACCCACGCCCACGCCUACCACACCAACAACCCCCACGCCGCCCUCAAAGUCCUCCGCCAGCCCGCCCACAGGGAGCUACGCCCGCGGAAGAGAUAUCUGGCAGACAUCGACGGGGCUGUUUACGGAGAACGAAGUCAUCCAUCACGGCGUGCACGCUCUCUAUCCCCGCAGCGGCGUCCAACCUCUACACCUCCUGACAGAGCUUCCAACUUGCCCACCUCCACCUACCCUGACCGGACGACCGACCUGCCCUCCAGACUCAGAAAGGAUGAGGACGACCAGUCGCCUGAGGAGGAAGAGGAGGACAAUGAUUCAAAGUCACACUCCAGAUCGCACUCUAACUCCAGGUCUCCGUCGCCCCCUGCUAGCCACGCCUCCGCCCCGGCUGCUAUUAAUCGUCGGAGACCCAGGUCUUAUAGACGACCCCUGACGCCGAGCACUUGUCGUCGCAACUACGACUCUGACGAUGACUCUUUCGACGACCUCUACAUACCCAGGAGGUAUUAUCACCACCGUUACUACCCGUGGGAGGACUGCCCUCUCUGCAGCCCGGAGUACUCAUACCUGCCCCGGUACCCACGACUCACCCGGUACUACCCUGCCUGUGACCACCUCCACCACUAGCCUCACCGCCCGCCCGCCCACACCCACUCGUCACCACCACCAUCCACACCCACCUGUCAACAUCACUACCACCGCCCACUAACACCACUACCAGCGCCUCACGUUGCGGCGGCGGCGGCGUCGUCAGUGACCUGACGUGUUCUCUUGUAUUGUCUUGGCUGUUAGUCUUCUCUUGAUAACCUGCUUCUUGUUGGAUCCAAAUAACGUACUACCGACGGUAGUAAACAUAUACAGUUUAUAAUAAGCUUUUACCAGGACGAUGUUUCUCUCUGUGCAGAGCUAUAUUUGAAUACUUGGCUAAUGGUCAGUAAAGUUCUACAUAGAGCGAAACGUUGUCAUAAUUAAAGUUUGUUUUUACAACGUAUCUUUUCUCUGAAAAACUUGAAAUCGAGCAAUUUUAUGCGUUUAUCUUUAAGAUUUUCAGUCAUAAAAGAACCUUAGAAAUCUUACCUAAUCUUAUUAUAACAAGCACAGUAUAAUUUAGCCUACUCCAACUAAAUAUAUUUUAGAUAAAUUUACAGUAAUUUAACAAACAAACAUAAUGAAAUAUUUUUUUUCGUUAUGUUCAGAAUUAUUUUUGCG